UGCACUGCAGAGGCAGAUCUUUGACUUCCUGGGCUACCAGUGGGCCCCCAUCCUGGCCAACUUCCUGCACAUCAUGGCGGUCAUCCUGGGCAUCUUCGGCACCGUGCAGUACCGCUCCCGGUACCUCAUCCUGUACGCAGCCUGGCUGGUGCUCUGGGUUGGCUGGAAUGCGUUCAUCAUCUGUUUCUACCUGGAGGUUGGACAGCUGUCCCAGGACAGGGACUUCAUCAUGACCUUCAAUACAUCCCUGCACCGCUCCUGGUGGAUGGAGAAUGGGCCCGGCUGUCUGGUGACGCCUGUUUUGAACUCCCGCCUUACCCUGGAGGACCACCACGUCAUCUCCGUCUCUGGCUGCCUGCUUGACUAUCCCUACAUAGAAGCCCUUAGCAGUGCUCUGCAGAUCUUCCUGGCGCUCUUCGGCUUCGUGUUCGCCUGCUACGUGAGCAAGGUCUUCCUGGAGGAGGAGGACAGCUUUGACUUCAUCGGUGGCUUUGACUCCUACGGAUACCAGGCGCCCCAGAAGACGUCGCAUUUACAACUGCAGCCUCUGUACACGUCCGGGUAGCUCCGGCCCCGC